AUGUUAGAGAAUGUUAGUGCAUUAGAUAAUACAAAAUUAGAUAGCGAAAAAUCGAAAAAGUGUAAAGGUGUAGCUCAUGUUACUAAUGAAUCAAAAUUAAAGUGUCCUAUAUGCAAAAAGGAUCAUAAAGCCUAUCAAUGUGAAACAUUUAAGAGUUUAAGUGUCAAAUCGAGAUUAGCCGAAGUGCAUAAAGCAAGGCUUUGUCUAAACUGCUUACAUCCAAAUCAUAUAGUUCGCGACUGUAGGUCCAGUGCAUGUAAGUAUUGUAGCAAAAAGCAUCAUUCAUUGUUGCAUUUUCCGAAUAGUGAUAAUGAAAAUAAAAACGAUAAAGAAAAGGAAGUUAAAGCGGAAGUAGAGGUGAGCAAAACAGGCUCAGUAGCUAAUUCAGUAGUAACAUGUGUUCCAAAGUGUACGAACUCUGAAAUUCUUUUGUCCACCGCAUGUGUGCAUAUCGUAGAUAAGAACGGAAAAUUACAUCAAGCGCGGGCGUUAUUAGACAACGCAGCAACACUUAAUUUUAUAACCUCAGAUUUGCUUGCUAAGUUGGAUUUACAACCGGAAAAGGUAAUAGGUCAGGUAAUCGGGUUUAGCGGAAAUGCUACGCGUACUGAAGAAAUUGUAACGGCGACAAUUAAAUCAAAAGUGCAACAAUAUUCCCAAUCGCUAAAAUUUACAGUAGUUGAUAAAAUUACUAGUAGCAUCCCAGAGAGUCAAAUCGAUAUAUCCCAAUUGAAGCUUCCCGAUUCCGUAGCCAUCUCGCAAUUAGCUGAUCCAACGUUUAAUGUACCACAAAAAAUAGAUCUGUUAUUAGGAGCCACAUCCUUCUGGAAUGUAUUGCAAAAGGGACGAAUUCAACUCAAUAACCAACAACCGAUAUUCCAAAACACGAAGCUCGGGUGGAUUUUAGGCGGAAAUUUCACACCCAAUCAAACAUCCUCAACAAAAAUUUGUUGUCUUGUAACCAAUGAUGACCUCAACGAACAAUUAGAGAGAUUUUGGGAGCUUGAGAAAUGUGACCUCAAAAGAGCCAUGACUAUUGAAGAAGCAGAGUGUGAGAAGCAUUUUGAGUCAACUACCUAUCGAGAUAAAGAUGGAAGAUUUGUUGUAUCGCUGCCACUGAAAGGAAAAAUCCAGGAGUUAGGAGAGUCCGAGCACAACGCGAUGAAAAGACAAAAAUCAAUUGAGCGUCGAUUCACGAAUGAUUCAGUGUUUCAGCAACGUUAUAGAGACUUUAUGCAAGAAUAUCAGAAGAUGAAGCAUAUGGAACUAGUUCCCGAGAAUGAGGAAAAACUCAGCGUCGUAAAUUAUUUGCCACAUCAUGGAGUUACGCGCGAAGAAAGUACUACAACGAAACUUAGAGUGGUGUUUGACGCAUCCUGUAAAACGUCAUCGGGUCAAUCACUGAAUGAUUUGCUGAUGGUAGGUCCCAAAGUCCAGCAAGAACUCAUGGAAAUCUUGAUACGGUUUCGACAACAUGAUUAUGUCUUAAUCGCGGACAUUUCAAAAAUGUUCCGUCAGAUCAAAGUGAACCAAAAGGAUAGAUCAUUGCAGAGAAUUCUCUGGCGAGAUGAUCCCAAGGAUUGUAUUCUCAAAUUUGAACUAACAACGGUAACUUAUGGAACGGCAUCUGCACCGUAUCUUGCACAAAGAUGUCUUAAACAGUUGGCACUCGAUAACGAUCAAGCGUAUCCAUCAGCAGCAGCGACAAUUCAUAAUGACUUCUACAUGGAUGAUUUAAUCACAGGGAGUGAUUCUGUAUCACAUCUACAGCAACUAAAACAGGAAGUAGUGAAGAUUUUAGCCACGGCUGGAAUGGAACUCAGGAA